CUCUUCAGCACAGACUCAGGGCUCUGCAUCCACCUCUCUGCUUUCAUCCCUCUGUCCCACUCGUCUCCCCACACUUUGGCAUCCAGCUCUGCUAUGAAGUCAUCGGAGCGGUCUCUGUCUCUCUGGGUCUGACACCCACCCACCCCACCCCCUCCUCUCCUCGGACUUGUUCCAGGCUCCUCACCGGAACCCACGACCCAUUUAAAGGCUUUGUGGCAAGGCAGGGAGAGGAAUGGAAAACGUUGGGGGUUGGAGGUGGGGGGGGGGUGGAAUGAUAGAAAGUGUUGUUUUGGGAAGGAAAUUCUUAUAAUCAUAUCAGACUGGUAUUAUUAUUAUUACCAUUUGAGUCUCUUGCGCACACCUUAAAUUUUCUAGUAUGGUUUUCCUUCUUAAAAAUCUGUGUUUGUUUGAGCUGGCAUGUAGCUCAGCGGUUGUUUGACAGUUGGAAAUGAUUUCCUGGAAAAAUCUCAUUUUAAAAUGAGCUUCCCAGCUACGACACCACGUAUUAUAAUGACAUGUGGCUUCACUGGAUUGGGCCGAAGAUCAGAGGAAAGAUGGGUCGGAGAGGUGGGGAGACGGGAUGCGCCCAGAGGAGAUGGAUUACGGGUAGUGUGGUCUCUCUCUCUGUAACAGAGCUGACAUAGAGGAAAUUCUGGACAAUUUAUGGGCUUUUGCUGCUGUGUCUGUGUAGUGCAUACAUGCUAAAAAAAUAAAAAGCUGUAUUUCGGUUCAGAAUUUUACAUUAACUGAGUAUAUGAUUGUCAUUUAGGUAAGGACUGGCAUCAUUGCCAUCGACCUUCAUUUUGCACUCCAUUUAGUCCCUGUGGAGAUGCUUUCAGAGACAAAUAAUCCCACUGGAAUCACAUACAAGGCAGCCAUGUACAUAAUGUCUGUUAAGUGUGCAUUACCAUUCAUCUGGCAGCAUUAUUCUUUGCAGCAGUUGUGGCAUUGUAAUCCCAUUUCCAUUUAGUGCCUCCUGCCCUACGCUCAUGCAUAAGUCAAUGUGUGUUUAACAUUCAAAUCAUGCCUUGAGUACGCGACGUGUCACACUCCAGGAGACAGUUGUUUUUAUUUCUGCUGCGGUGCUGUAUUCACUUUGAGUUAGCGUGUGAUUCUUUUUUUUUUUUAUUCAUGAAUGCACGCCAGACCAAAGCCAAGGCUUUAGCUGCGGUUUGUGUGUGUAAAUGAAAAGGGACAUUAACGAAGUGCCGCCGCUGCCUCUGCUGCACGUCAGAUGACGGCAAACACAGGGUCAAAAGGCUGAGUAGGGAUCCAGGGUCGUGUAAGCCGAAUGAGUGUGUGAUCCAUGUGUGUGUGUGUGUGUGAGUGACAGCAAAUAUCUAAAUGGGCCUUGUUGCAUGUGAACCCUCUGACUGCAGCAUUUGCUAAAGCAUGCAAACAUUGUACAUGGUUAAAACAUGCACCAGUGAGCGCACACAUCCUCAGCUGCAGGCGUACGCAUAAAGUGACCCACUGCUGGCUCUCCUGCUGGCUUAGCGGAGAUAUUAGUGUGGAGGCAGGGACUGAGAGGGCUGAGUGACAGGAAGAUGCCGAGUGUUUAUUAAACAAUGGUAGAGUGACCGAUUAUCCACAGAUCUCACUGUCGUGCAUCAUGUCUGUUUUGUUACAUUCUGCUAAAUAUAUUUUAGUGUAUUUUUCUUUCUUGCCAAAGAAAAAACAAUACAUUAUACCAGGCUUCAGUAGAAUUUUCUGAAAUCUGUUAGCAGUUAAAAGAACUCUAUAAUUGCAACCUCACUCGAGGUUCAUUUGCUGACAUUUCUAUAUGUUUUUACUUGUUUGAAUUUUUCACCAGUCAAGUCUUAUUCAGUGUAAGGUCUUUAUAAGCUUCUGCCUGGGGUGGUAUUAUAUUUGUUCUAAAAUCCCCAGCUUAAUGCCUAAAUCCCUCUGUUACAGUGAAUCUGGUGUUGUGUGCUCAGUCUGGCAAGUAUGGCAAAUGGAGGGGCAUUAGAAUUUGAAAGUCAAACAUUGUUUAGUUUGAGACAAACAGAACUCUGUGAUUUACUUUCCUGUCGGGAUUAGAUCUGCAAACUCUGAGUACACACCUCUGCCCCCGUCUCUCUGUUUGACGUUGACUUUAUGGGGAUGAUCUGCGGCACUGAGAGCCAGAGUCUCUCGAGAGAUGAGCAGCAAGAAGUAAUGAGAGGAGUGGAUGAGGUUGGGGAAAGAAGCCAGAGGAUCACAUGUACCCUAUAGGCUGCUGCCCUUGGCAUGUGUGCGUGUGUGCGCGCGUCUGUGUCUAAGCGGCUGCUUUCAAGACUGUUAACCUUGCAGUGCCAUUUGUACCUUUUUAAAUUAGGGAUGAUAUACAGCAAGCGUGACUCUCGCAAAUGAGUGUUUUCAGAUUUUGACAUCUAGGAAAAUAGUUUCUAAAUUGCAUACGCUCAGAAUAAAAGGCAGGAAAGACUGUGUGCUUUGGGUGAUGAAUGACACUCGUACUUGAAAUGACUGUAAAACAAGAUUGACUUUAGCAUAGGAGAACCUUGACUGAUAAAAUCAAAAUGGGCUUCAAAAAUUAUUUUUUUUUCCCCCCAACUCUGUGCUUUGAUUUAAUAAAUCAUCUUAAUAGUGGCUUUUGGAUCUCUGAGAGGACUCGCUCUUUCCUCCUGUCCUUCCCAUUUUAAUUUCCUUUUUUACAUAACGCUGACUAAUGUUCCUGUGACCUUACCGAAAGAAAAACGUUCUCAGGCGUCUAUGCAGCUGGUUUUGGAGCGACUGUCAUCUGCUUUUUCCUGUCAUCUUGUGAGAACAGCAGAAUGCUCCACGCUGUCUCUCUGAUCUCUUCUUACUCUAAUUACACGACCGUGAUUAGUGCCAAAGACAGACGUGCCCUCUGGAAAAUAUUCAGGAACUUUUCUCAGUAUGCUGAUAUUAACUUUUUUCACCAUCUAAAAUAUAUAUUACUCCCCCUCGCUAUGAUUAGCCCAGAGAUUAGAUUUGGAUGGAAAUAGACACUUCCUCACCUUACAUCUGUUUUCAUGCAUUAAUAAACAGGGAUCCUCUGCAGAGGGGCUCAGGUUUCAGCCACAGUCACAUAAAGCGAGAUGUGCAGACAACUAGGAAGGUUGGAACAUCGUCAGUCCUAUGCAGAACAUCACCUUGGUUGAGGAUGAAAUGGUUCAGACGUUUAACAUUAAUUACAUCGUCAUGUAUGGCUCAAGGCCAAGGCAUUAUAUAAAAUGCUUCAGCGUUAUAGCAAAUAGCUUUUUACUCCGUGGUAUAUUUGAAUGAAGCAGAAUGAGCUCAAACUCAAGAGUUUUUGCAAGGCAAAGGUUGUAGGUGCUUUGGAUUAUCUGCUCUUACAAAAAGAACCCCUCCCCCCCUUUUCACCCAUGCGCACACACACACACACACACACACAACAUACUCCCCCAGUGUUUUUUUACUUUUCUAUCCAAAGGAGCAAAUCCAGAUUACAGAGCUCUUCUAAGUGAAGGAGAUCAGAGAAGCUUUAGGAAAGAGGGGGAAGGUGUAUUUUACUGACAGUAAGUUGCAUAUGGUUAGACUUUAUGUGCUAACAGAAAUGACCAACUAAAACAAAUUUUGAUAUUCUGACUUUCUCGCGUUUUUGCAUUUAACAUCUUUUUACUCUACAAAACAGACUUAAACACUGACAAUUCAGCGCAUCAUUGCUUGAAAUUAAGAGUGAAAAAAGGGCAAACAUUGCGGGUGGAUUUUGUCAUGCAUUCUCCACCUAAUCCAUGCAAUGUAAUUUUCAGUUUCCUCCGGGUAGCAUAAAGACAGCAGGUCUGAGUGAUCUCAAAUCGAGGAGAGUGGGGCAGUGACAGUGAGAGCCACGAAGCCAUCAAGGACAUUUCAGAGUUAGUUGGGCAGCAGUUGCGUGGUGGCUCUGCUGCAAGCAUGGGGCCUGGAGGAUUAGCAUCCAAUCAGAGUGGAUUUGAUAUUUACUGACAGCACAUGGGACUUAGCUGAGAGAACUGUAUUUCAUUUGUAUUCAAUGAAGCUGUGCUGCUCGCCUGGCCUCCCCUCCCCGUGCUUUGAAUCCGGCAAAACCGAAACCUGUUGUCGACAGUGCAUCACCAACAGCUUCAGGUAGGUGACUUUUCAUGAGAGGGCGAGGGCUUUGGGGGUGGACGCUAAAUCAUUGACAUCAUCAUCAUCAUCAUCAUCAUCAUCAUCAUCACCACUAGAUACGCUUGUAUCUGGUUCAUGUGACGUCAUGGUGGGAAGUGGAAUUAAACAGGCUUUAUUUAGAUGUAAUCCCUCAUAGCAAUCGGCAGAGCGAGUAAAAUGUCCCAGAGAAGGACGAGAUAAAUCCUAUUGGAUUAGUACAAGACCCUGCCCAUCCCAACCUAUAACCCAACCUAUCCCUUCCUCCUUUUUUUUUUUGUCUUUUUUAUGGACAUUUGGUGGCCAUCUCAAGCAUGCACCCUGUUAGCAUGUCUUCCAUGGAGUAGCUGUGCAGUGUGCUGUGUUUGGUUUGGUUUGGUGUGAUGUGUUUGUGUGUGGUGUCCUCUUUCCUUGCGCACAACAAGCCGGCAUGACCAGUGAUUAAUUAUUCAAGGACCGACUGCCAAAGGGGGAGUCACCUGAUAGUACGGACGGACAGUAUUACAACCUGAUAUCAGGUGAAACGGUAGAGCCUGGUUCAUCUUUUCUUUUCUGCUUGUUCUCCACCUCCUUCACCUCGUUCUGCAGCUACAGUACAUGAAGACUUGAAAGAGAACUUUCAAAAACACAGCUACAAGCGGAACAUUUUUUGCUCUUUUGUCUGUUUUUCUUUCUUUCGUUAAAGGUUUCUUUCCUUUUUCCUUUUUUGCCAAUGCUUGUCACUAACAAACAGUUGAGUCUUGGACGCUCCCAUAGUUGGGACACAUUAGGAGGGAAUGAGGGUCAGUGGGACAGAGCUGAGAGUGUCUACGAACAGCAGGCAAGAGUAGCUGGCCGACGGAGCUCUCUGUCAUACGGGGAGGGAGGAGGGUGGUACGAGCCUCCACCAGGAGUGCAGCCCCCUGACCUGGAUUUGAAACGUGACCCGUAUUCAUACCAAGACUCUCUGUACGGACAGGUCUACGCAGAUCGACACGACCCACGGGGGCUGAGGAAGGGCUCUGUGCCUGAUCUAAACCACUACGAACGUGCACCCAUGGCUCACAGAGGAUCCAUUCCACAUCAGGAUUACUAUUCUCAUGACCCGGCCAUGACUCCUCGGCCACCGGAGGGCUUUUACCGAUCAGAACACCAGCCUCCACUGCCACACUCUCAUCCACUCAGUAGGUCGGGCUCUCAUUUUGGGAUGACACCGGGGGCUCGUUCUGCGUGGGAUCAAGGUCAGGGAGGGAGAGUAGGACCACAAGCCCCUGCAUCACCUCUACCUCCUCCUCCCCCUCCUCCAACCGCUCAUGAGUUGAAUCGGACUUACAGGGAACCUGGUGCUGUAACCGCUGCUAAAAUGACUCCAGAUGGCCAACAGCGCGUACCCUCCAGAGACGCAUCUCCUGCUCACUAUGGUAUGGAGCAUGCAUCUCCUCGGUAUGCCAGUGAGCCUCCACUUCUGCCCGGUCAGUCAGUCUAUAGUGAUGUCAAUGGCCGCUCACUGGAUCCGCAACAGCAAGGUGCUACCUGUCUAGUAGUGGAUCCUUCCGGUCAAGGCAUGAUUAUGAGGCAAGAGACGGCCUCACCUUUCACCAUCCAACAGCAGCAGCAAUUACAACAGCAGCAACUACAACAACAGCAGCAACAACAAAUACAACAGCAGCAGUUGCAGCAGCAGCAACUUCAGCAACAACAAAUACAACAGCAGCAGUUGCAGCAGCAGCAACUUCAACAACAACAAAUACAGCAGCAACAACUUCAACAGCAACAGUUACAACAGCUUCAGCAAGAACAGUUACAGCACCAUCUGCAACAGCAGCAGUCCCUACCACCUCCACCUACCAUGCCUGUGUCUGACCCUAACCUUUCUAUGACGACUCCGCUUCCUGCUCCUCCUGUCCCAGUGCAGCCUGCGGCAGUUGCCCCAGCUGCACCGGUCCCUGCACAGGCUACUCUAACUUCAGCCCCACCUCCCCCGCUUUCCGCUCCUCUUCCUGCUCCUCCUCCCACUGCCCCACAGACACCUUUGCCUGUGGACCCCAAGAAAACUGUUGAUCCUGAGUUUCUUGCCCUGCUGCGAAAUGAGGGCCUCUCAGAGAGCACCAUCUCCUCAGUUAUCCAGCAGGGAUUCGACUCUACUAGCAUGCUGGCUGUUAUGGAGGAGAAUGAUGUGCGCACUGUGGCCCCCAACCUUGGCCAGGCUCGUGUACUGUCUCGCUUGGUCCAAAACUGCAAGCGGCCCGUUGAGGCUCCGCCAGCCCCCUCCCAACCUCAAACACCAAUGCGAGGCCGCUCCAAUAGCUUUAGCCAUCGCUCAGACAUCUCCCACCACCACCAGCACCACCAUCAUCCACCACACCCUCCACAGGCUUUGAUUAUGGACCCCCAACUGAUGCCCCCACAGACCCCUGGGGCCAUGCACACCAUUGCUCCAAGGGUGGGAGAAGUAAUGGGUAGGAGGCCUAGCAGUGCCCCCUCUCAGCAACUUCUGGAAGCCUCUGGAAACUACCCAGGCCAACCACCUCGCUCCCCGGGGCCAUACGCUGGAGCAAUCAUGCCUGUUCAAUCAAGACCAAUGUCAGCCUACUCUUCUGGUAUGACAAUGCCAGGGAUGCCCAUGCAGGGCAUGCAGAUAUUGCCGCAGCAGAUGACUGGCUCAAUGCCUGCUAUAGCAGGGUCUAUCCACUCCAUGCAAGGUAUGCCACAGCAGAUGCCUGUGUCCAUGCCAGCUUUACCACAACCGCCACAACAGGUACCGAAAGCAUACUCUACCAAUUACACAGUGCCCAUGGAGCUGAUGAAGAGGGACAGGAAUCUACUGCCGUUGUCACCUAUGCAUAGCCCUCACCCUAGUCCUCAGUUGAUACGUAAGGGUGGGGGACCUACUCCAGACAACACCCUCGUCCCUAUGGGAGCCCCAGGCCAAGGCCAAGGUGCCCUGGUUGCUAACCAGAAGCUCAGUCGACGCACAGGUCCACCAGUCAUCGUCUCCACUAUGGCGUCUCCAGAUACAAGUAAAUCAUUUUUAAUUUUCUCCUUCCAUCCUUAUCAUUUGCUAUUUGAUACAUUUGGCGUUGCUUUCUCUUGGCUGUUUUGCAAGUUUCUAAUAGUUAAGGGAAACGUUCAUUUUUUGCAUGGUUUAUGUAAGACACCAUUUACCAUUCCUCUUCCUUUGAAUAGCUACGCAGCAUUAAGAAUCAUAUCAUGUUUUCACAGUUUGUUUGACAUUUGGGAUAUUCAAGGCUAAACCUAUUUUUAUCCCUCAUCAUGAUGAAUCAUUAGGAUGUCAUGUAUGUGUACCAUUUCUGCCAAUUUUUUUAUUUAUUUAUUUUUUGCUUUCUGGCUUCUACAAGUGCUGUAAUUUGUUUGCUGUUCCUUGUUUGCUCUCAUUACAUCAACAAUGGGUAAAUAAUGUGUGUUUUCUUCUUAUCAAGGCCAGUGGAGCGAACUCUAAAUGUUGCUGGCACUUUUUCUUUUCUGAGGGCUGUUGUCAGAAUCGUGAUUAAUACUGUAAGAGGAUAACUUACCAUCCGCUGUCCUACUUUUGAUUUCUGCAUUUGUCAUGAUCCUAAAAUGAUACUUGCGUCCCGCGUUCUUGUAUGCUUAUCUCUGUGAGAGCCAGAUUUGUCAGAAUUUCAUGUGCUUUGUGUGAAGUCUUUUAUUAUUUCAGUAAUCUCAUGCAGUUUUCUUGUCAAAAUGACACUUUGUCCCAUUAAAUCCAACGUAAAGUGACAUUGAUGAGGCAUUAUAUAGAGGAUUUGGGAGGAACAGCUGUCAGCAUCCUUUCUGAUACCUUUUAAAUUUUAACAACUGCACACUGUCUUCGUGUUACAGUCUGUCAGCCGAUGCAUUCAUGUGUGAACAGCUCACAUUAAGACUUUUCUGACCAGAAUAGUCAGAUAUUGUGUGCAGCAGUGCUCGCAGUCUGGGAACAUGAGGUGUCCAGGCGUGCAGUGGUGUACAUCUGUGUACAUUAUGUGUAACUGCAUUUGGCACAGUCUCCUUGAAACAAUGUAUUUUUUUCUCAUUUAGCUUCUAUUGGUUGUGUGCAAUAGCCGAGGUAAGUAAUAGGAGUCACAUUUUAAAAGCAUAUAAUCUGCCUCAACCAUACAGCGUAUAUAAAGUUGCGUAACGGUAAUUGCAGCAGUAGUUGUACACAGCUCUUGUAGCCGAGGUAUCGUUGUAACUGCAGCUGUUUUUUAUGAAGCCCUUUCUGCUCUGCCACACACCAUCUCCCCACAGCCCCCAAGCCCCUGUUGUUGUAAACAUGGAUGUCUUGUUGCAUUAUGAAAAUAAGGGUGCACCAGAGUAGCCCGGAAAGCCUUUACAGCCUCCACACAACCUUUCUCCGGUGCUGCUGCUGUCAAGGUGUACCACUAACCUUUGUGAAGUAGCAAUUAGCUUUGUCUAGUUCCUCUUGAACUGAUUUUCUUUAAAGAAUCAGUAUUUUCAUUUGAAGCGUCAUAGAAGGGCGGCGUUUCAGUGACUGCAAAACUUCUCAUUGAAUUUAUUGAAUUUUUGUCCCAAUUUCAUUCAGUUUUGAUUCCAUUUUAAAAUGCAUUCAGUCAAUGCAUCCUUAUUGUUUAAUCAUCUGAAUCAUUUACCCACAUCAGAUUAAAGCUUUAAUUCAGCAAUAAUAAAAUCUGCAAUGACAAAUUAUCUUCUUUCUCACAUCCAUGACCUGAUUAAAGUAUAUUUCAGACAUUUUGAGGAAAAAGAGUUUUCUUUUUUUCCAUCAGCACCCAGUCACCAGAGGCUGACUAGCAGCAUCACUGGACAGAUAAAAUCGAAUUACAGUGCUGAUGGCCAAUGUGUGAUUGUGUCAUUUUCUCUGUGCAGGUUGUAAUGAGAAGGGUUGGGGGGGGGGUUAAUCCUCCGCAUCCUCCAUUUCCACUGCUGCACUAAUCCACAGAUAUUCUCAUUCUGUUCAGACCAGCCUCCUGGCUUUCUGUGACACUCUGUGAACUUCGGUACAUAGCCAGUAGGUUCAAAUGGACCUAUAUGGGGGGUCAAGGCAGGCUGGGAACAAAUGAUUUAAGUGUAGCAGUUUUGUUGUCAUCUCUGUGAUUCUUAGGCCCAGGAGAGCAGAUAUUAAAAGAUCCCAAAUUGCUUGGCUGUCAAAACAGACACAUGCUUUGGAAAGGAUUUCUUCAAGUCUGCCACAUACACAUACAUCACAUUGUUAGCACACGCAGUCAGCAGAGUAGACCUCAUUUGCAUGUGGCUGACAUUUGUUGCUUUGGUAAUUUCAUCUGUUAAUGGACACAGCCGCAAAGCUGCUCUGAAAGCAUAUUCCUAAAUUGUAUGUUGCUAGGCAACGUGGGUUUUGGUGGUAAUCGUAGGCAGAUUUGUUUCUGGUUAAAGGGUCUGUCCAUUGUCAGAGGACGCUGCAAAUUUGCACACUUCUUGUUUCAACAAAAAUGACUGGCCAGUCUACCCCAUCUGGACGUAAAUAUUAAUUAAUCAUAUUCUUUCACUUCUUUUCACGUGGCGCAAGUAAAAACCAGGAGGGAUUUCUUGCCUAUGCACAGUAUGCAUUUCAGACCGAGCAAAAUAUUAUUCAUCUGUUCAGUUAAAACAACACUUUUUGCAUUAGUUAUGAGCUUUUCAUAUUCUGACGAGGUCAGACAAUUCAUUAGUUCCCGUUACUGUGAGUCGUUUAUACGACAAACUAGAACCCCCCCUACCCCCCACGCCAACAUAAUCGCUGUAGAUGAUACUGUAGGACUUGCACUCUUUCACCUCCACCCUGCAGGGUGCGUUGGCUCCCGUGCUCAGGUCAGCUCAGCUCUGAUCUGCGUGACACACUAGCCGCAAUUUCCUUCCUUGCCUAGGCCUAGCGUGAUGAUCGGGGAGGGUUAUGGCAUAUUAGUUCUGGGGAUGGCAGAUUAUGUAUUAACGGGGGUUCAGGUCAAAGCUACAGGCAGUUGUUACACUGAGUGAGGGAUUAAG